AGUGCAGAAAGUAAAAGCCUAGAGUUAGUUGGGAUGACCACCGAAAUGAAAUCCUUCAUGAGAUCUUGGAAUUGGAACGAACGGACGUGUCUCCGAUGGCUUCCUCUUACCGUGACCGCACAUCGGAGUUCCGGUUACUGUCGGAGACUCUGAAGAAGAUCGGAGGAGGGACCUCGUCUUCGGUUCAACCCGAGACUGCUCCUUCCACCUCUCAUGAUUCCUAUUCAAGAUCCGAAUUCAACCGAAAGGCCUCACGCAUCGGGUUGGGGAUCAAUGAGACCUCACAGAAGGUGGCGAGGCUCGCGCAGCUGGCGAGGAGGUCGUCCAUGUUCAACGAUCCGGCCGUGGAGAUUCAGGAGCUGACUGCGCUGAUUAAGAACGAGAUCACGGCGCUGAAUUCGGCUCUCUCCGAUUUGCAAGCCAUUCAGAACAUGGACAUGGCUGAUGGAAGUUACUCGCAGGAUAGGAUUGUGCAUUCAACCGCGGUUUGUGAUGACUUGAAGAGCAAACUAAUGGGAGCCACGAAGCAUCUUCAAGAUGUCUUAACUGCUAGGACAGAGAAUAUCAAGGCUCACGAGAGCAGGAAGCAGAUUUUUUCCAAGAAUGCAUCAAGGGAGAACCCUUUCCAGCAUCAACCAAAGCCAGCUACUGAGCCGCCACCUUGGUUAAAUUCGGUGAAUGCAUAUGACAAUCUGCAACAAGAAUCGGUAUUAUCAUCAAAUGGAGCUCCUGUUAGCAAUCAACUAAGACGAAGGUUGGCUGUGGACAACACUCCAACUCAGCAAAUGGAAAUGUCUAUGGUGCAGCGGGUUAUUCCUCGGCAAGAAAACUACACUCAAAGUAGGUCAACUGCUCUGCACAAUGUGGAGUCUACCAUCACAGAACUUAGUGGGAUUUUCUCGCAUUUGGCUACAAUGGUUGCCCAUCAAGGGGAGCUUGCUAUCAGGAUUGAUGACAACAUGGAUGAGUCAUUGGCGAAUGUUGAAGGAGCUCACAGUUCUUUAUUGAGGCAUCUCAACCGAAUAUCAUCAAAUAGGUGGCUUCUAAUAAAGAUAUUUGCCGUUCUGAUACUUUUCCUCUUGAUCUUCAUAUUCUUUGUGGCCUAAUAUACUUACAUGCGCUAAUCAUGGAAGUUUUACUUCACGGCUUGGAUUUGUCUUCGUUCUUCUGUGGAGACAAAAUUACAAGAGCAGCAAAGUGUGCGGAUGUAUUCUAUUUGCAUGUAGAUAGAGCUCCGUUAUCUGUAAACUUUUUUCCUUCCCAUAUUCUUUGAUGUUAUUAUAGUGUUAUUAAAAUUCCGUUCCUCGUGGGCGCCCCAAAUUAAGCAGAUUGAGUAAGAAAUAUACGAGUGUUUGGCAACUGAUGUAAGAUUCGCAAUAAUUUUUUUUUUAAGUGAGGGAUUUUCUAAGAUGCAAUUAAGAGGGAAAAAGAAAAUAUCCCGUUUCUAGAUACCGUAGUGGACGAGUUAUGGUAGCAUACAAGAAGUCUUUGUUCAGUUACCUGACAAUGUAAGCUUUUGAUAUUGUAAUAUCAUAAUUGAUUUUGUUCUUAAA